AUGGCAACUCUGGUAGUGGGUGCCUUUGUUGUUGUGGCUGGUGUUUUUGGCAUGAAUAUUCAUAUUGAACUGUUUAAUAGUGACAAGUACGGGACAAGAGAGUUUAUGUGGACUGUUGGUGGUGGCACUGCUGGAACCAUAUUCUUGUAUGUGGUUGCCAUUGCUUGGUGCAAGUAUAAACGCUUGCUAGAAUAA